CAGGGUCGGCUUGGGUUGAUGACGUACUUCCGGCCUGGUUUGUUUUUCUCCCACUGGCACGCUGGCCGGGGUCGUAAGCUGUUGUGGCGGCGUUUUGGGGGAGACGGUGGCCGCGCGCCCCGCUUUCCGGGAAUCUCAACGGGGUCUCGGGGCCCCGGAGGCUCCGAUGGCGGCGGCCUGCGCGGUGGUGCUGGCGAUGAAAGCAGAAGCGGAGGAGGAAGAGAAGGACCCCGGGUUUGGCGGCACCCCGAAACCUCCCGGAGACGCUUCCGGCGGCUGCUCUCCAGGGACGUUUCCGGCCCGGAGGAGGCGCUGAGCCGCCGGCGGGAGCUGUGCCGCCGCUGGCUGCGGCCCGAGCGGCGCUCCAAGGAGCGGAUGCUGGAGCUGCUGGUCCUCGAGCAGUUCCUCAGCCUCCUCCCGCGCCGGCUGCGGGACCCCGUGCGCCACCGGCGCCCCGAGAGCGGGGAGGGGCGGCGGCCUGGGAGUGCGCCCUGCACCCGGCCUCCCCGUAGGGCACCCCAACUUUCAAGGCCGAGGCGGGAUCUCCGACCCAGGGAGAAUGGCAGCAGCUGGCCGUGGACCCCCAGAACGGUUCGUGGAAAGAGAGCACGGAGGACUACGGGAGCACGGCCGUGCUGGGCCUGGAGAACCAAGCUGCCUAGAACCCUGACCUGAUCCCAAAGUAGGAGAAGGACUGCAAGGAGGAGGCCAAGCUUGCCCAGGCCUGGGUACAAGGCGCGCCCCCGGGGACGGACCUGGACAGGGAAGAGAAACUAUCUAAAGAUGCUGUCCUGCCACCGCCACAGCCCCAGGGUUCUCCAGGAGAGCCAGGGCACAUGGCCACCUUGCACGUCUCCUUCAGGGUCAACAAGGAAGGGCUUUGGAGAAGUGGAGAGACAGGGCGCACAGCCAUCUCACAGGUCCCCUGUGGGGCCAAGGAGGAGGGGCUUUGGAGAAAUGCCAGUUUUGAGAAGGGUUGCUUACCACCCCUGUCCUUGCUCAGGGUCAACCUUGCCACUUUUGUGAAAUAGUCCUCACUGGAGAACAAGUUUGCUGUUGGGAGUGGAAGCUGGCUCAUCUCCGUCUGCUACUUUGAGUCUGAAAACGACUGCCAGGUGUCCAUUUACUAGGUGGACCAGCAGGAUAGUUGAAAAUUAUGCACCACUGGCAUCGACGGGGCCAUGAUGAUCUGGGAUUUCAAGGCAACCCGGAAGCCACCAUGGGUGUUAAUAUCAUGAUAGGAGCCACAGAAUGUUACACUUCAGUGGUUCAUCUACAAACUGCUGUAGCCAUUUUGGCUAGUGCCAGGAAAGAAAAGGAUAAUUUUGUGCCCAGUGAAAGGUUCUCCAUUCCAGGCUCCACUGUAAAGGCACCUGGAGGCCACCAUGGGUGUUGGUAUCCUGAUAGGAGCUACAUGUCAAUAAAGAGCCAUAUGUCCCCUUUGUUGGAGCAAGGAAAAUGGCUAUUUUGCUGGACCAGAACUUUUGCACAGAUUCUUGAUGGAUGCUGUUUUUGGUCGAGACCUGUCCCAGGAGAAUCCAUAUUUACCCACAUGGAUGCCUAUGAGGAGUUCACCUCCGAUGAAAUAUACUGAACCUUGCUAUGCCAAGGCCACAUGAAACUCAGAAGAGACAAAAGAAGAAAAAAAACUACAUCUCUCCUUGUUCAAUGAUGUUUUGGUUGUGUCUAAUAAACUGUGAGUAUGUCCCUCAUGCCUGCCAUACUAUUAGAGGCUACACUUUGAUUAGGCUUUACGGUACAGAAAUAAAAUAGGUUUUUUUUAUUUA